AUGCUUAUUUGACUGAUCAGUUUUAUUGGGAUUUCUAGUUCUUUUCUAUGUGGGGUGAAUCAAAGCUGAAAACCAAAUAUUCAGGGAAACACUUACCCUGGUCGGAGCCUUGCAUCAUCUAUUACCCGAGGUUCUUCUCUCAGCCCGAUUCGUAUUUAUUACGAGUAUUUGGAUUUAGGGAUGAACUCUACUCAAGAAGACCAGUUUAAAAACGAGGUAAUGUCAGCUGCUGACAAUUUCUUUACAAAUGCUUUAUCUGUUUACCCUGUUUCAGAAACACUACUUAUCACAAUUUCAGAUUGCAAUGGAGCUCAGGUUCCGUCAGACCAUAAGAAAAUUGGGGUCGAUGCUGAUUAUGUUCUUUAUAUAUAUGGAAAUAGAAGCUCUGAAAGUUUUAUAGCAAGAGCUGGGGCAUGCGCGCGAGAGACGGGAGGGAAAAAUAACCCUGUUGCAGGAUCUUUUGAAAUAAAUUUAGAUCUUUUUUGGAAUUACGAAGUGUAUGAUCAAAUUAUAUUAGCAAUCCAUGAAAUGACUCACGCAUUAGUUUUUAGUGACAGCUUAUAUACACAUUAUGUAAAAUCAGAUGGAACUCAAUAUGCUUCUGAUGAAGUCACAACAAGCAUUAAGUAUGAAAACCGAGGAAAGAAUGUUACAGCAAUUGUCUUACCCACUGUUUUAGCUAAAGCAAAAUCAAUAUUUAACUGUGACAGCUUAAAAGGAGUAGAACUUGAGGAUUAUGGAGACUCUGGGUCAGCUGGGUCUCAUUGAGAUAUGAGAAUUUUGCCCGGAGAUUACAUGUCUCCGACACUUUCAUUUGAAUCAGUCCUCAGCGAUAUCACAUUAGCUCUUUUCCAAGAUUCAGGAUGGUAUACAGUUAAUUUUGACUAUGCCCAGAAAACUAUCUGGGGAAAUGGCGAAGGCUGUGACUGAUUUGAAGAAAAAUGUAUAGAAGACGGCUCAGCCAAAUUCCCUGGGUUCUGCACAGUAAAUGAUCAAAAAGGCUGUGAUGUUUUUCAUCUCUCCUCAGCACUAUGUGCGCAGAGUGAUAAAUAUCCAGAUAUUCAUAAAUAUGAGCAAUAUUUCAGUGACCCUAAAAUAGGCGGAAUAAACCCAUUUGCUGACUAUUGUCCUUAUAUGUAUGCAUACUCAAAUAAACAUUGUAGAGAAACUACAGCAAUGUCCCAGCCUCUUUAUUAUGGAGAAAAAGUAGGAUUUAGCAGUAGGUGUAUAGAAUCAACAUUAUUAAAUAAAACCAAUGUCUAUCAUGGAGCAAUGCAAGGCAUUUGCUAUGAAGUGUUAAGCUGUACGUCUACAUAUGCUGUUAUUCAGGUAGGCAGCGAGACUACAAAAUGUCCUUUUUCUGGUGGAAAUGUAACUGUAGAUGGAUAUAAUGGAGUUUUAAUUUGCCCAGACUCGAACAUUUUGUGUAGAGAAGCACCAUGUUUGCAUGCAUGCAGAGGGCAAGGGAAAUGUGUAGAUGGCGUUUGUAAUUGUAAUAGUGGGUUUGGAGGAGAUGAUUGUGAGGUAAUCUGCAAUGCUAGGUGCUUGACAUGCACUUCUGAUGGAGCAAGCUGUGCUUCGUGCUAUUCGAAUGCGACUUUAAGCAAAGGGGAUUGCGUAUGUGAUGAUGGAUAUGUUUUGGAUACUAGCUCAAAAUCUUGUGUAAAAGGAGCCAUCUGUUUAAGUGGAUGCAAAACUUGUUUCACUUCAAGCGACUAUAAUUGUGAAACUUGCAAAUCUGGAACUUAUCUACUUUAUAAUUACUGUUCUGAAAAUGGGUUUAAUUAAAUAGUUUUUUAAAAUUAAUUAAAAUAUGUAAAAUUUAUUUUAUAUUUAAUUUUCAUUUCUUUUGAAACCCUGAAAAAUGUCCUUAUGGUUUUAAAGCAAGUAAAAAUUCUUGUGUCCCAGAAAGCUCAGAAGUUUUUGAUGCUAUUUUUGAUCUUUGGAAAAAUUCUUACCCAAGUGAUAAUUCUGAUUUAACUUUAUAUUUUGGGUCAUCUUCUGCAUUCAUGCCAAAUCCUGAUGCAAAUGAUCCAAUUUUAAUGUAUAACCAAGGAUUAUUUUACACAGGAAAAUCUUACGCACUGUUUUCACCAAAUCCUGAUAGCUCAAAACAUAUUAUUUUAUCUCCAUCACAUUCAGCUUCAUUUUGGAUACGGCCAAAUAAUUUAUCUGACCAAACAAUCCUUCAUAAAUUCUCUGGAAAUUCUACUAUAGAACUAAAAAUUGUAAAUAAAAUAUUGACACUAGAUAUUUUAUUAACAAAUAUUGAAGACUCUUCUUCUAAUUCCAAAACAGAAACUUACACAGUUACCAAUGGAAAUGUUACAUCAGAAGCAUGGCAAAUGAUAGCAUAUUUUAUUAAGUAUGACACCACGACCUUUUCAACAGCAGUCUCUUUGCAAGUAAAUUCUGAUAUACAAACAAAUACAGUAAUAUUUCUAAAUUAAAAAUUUUUUUAAUUAAUAUAAUUAUAUUCUUAUUUAUCUUUUUUUAAUCUUUUUUUUUAUAAAAAAUUAAAAAUAUAAUACUGUACAAUUGCAAAUGCAAUAUUUUUGGAUUCAGGAUCUGAAACUGAUGACAAGUUUGUACUUGGAGCAAAAUAUUCAGCCAAAAAUUAUCAAAAUUAUUAUGCAGGCUUUAUAGCAUCAGCAAAAAUCUAUAACACAGAAAAAGCUCCCAGCUAUUCAUCAAGCUUAUCUUUAUCAUCAAGUGUUACUUUGACAAACUGCAAUUGAAAUCAAUGCUAUGAAAAUGAUACCUGCCAUGAUUGUUUAUCCACAUGCACUUAUGGAUGCUUAAGAACCACUGACUGUGUCUUAAGUCUUGAUGCAAAUUGUGCAGAUCCUAUAAUUUAUUAGAGUAAAUAUUCCUCAUUUUUAUCAUCCAAAAAAAUAGCUUUUAGAUAAAUAUAGAAAAAUAAAUAUAAAAUUUUGAUUAAAAAUAAAUAAUUAAGAAUACUGGAUUUGACACAUGCGAUGAAGGAAGCUCUUGUGAUAUGGGCUCAUACCCAAUUAUCACUAUGUGCAUUAUUGUAUUUUUGUGGACUAUUAUGUGCUUUAUUUUCCUAUUACUUGAUCGAAAAGCCCCAGAUGAUCCUGACGAGUUAUUCAAAUCAAACUGCGUAAGAUUCUUCAGAUACCAUUUAUUUAUAAGCCAAUUUCUAACUCCAUCUCAUUAAAUUGGAGCAAAAAUCCUGUUCCAAUUUAAACGGGUAUUUUUUAAAAUUUUUAAAGUAUGGAUUAAAUACAAUAAUUUGAAUUUUAAUUUAUUAAAUUAGGUUAAAUUUUCAUUUUAAUUUAUUUUUAAAAAAAUAUAAAUUGAGUGCAAUAAAUUAAAAUUUAAAUUUAUUUUUAUGAAGAAUUAAAUAAAAAAAUUAAUCGAUUCAGUGUGAAAGUUGUUUAAAAACAUUUUAUUUAAAUAUAGGAUAUAAAAUUAGGUUAAGCUUAUUUUAUGAAAAUUAUUAUUUUUAUCGAUAAAAUUUCAUAUUUUGAAAAGCACCAAAAAAAAGCAAAAUUUUGCCGAUUUUUGUUCCAAUUAAAGGGGCGGAGCAAGGCAGCCUUCUGUAAAGCGGUCACAGAUGACUUUAGAGCUAAUGACUGUUUUAUUAGUAGAAUUAGCCGUUAUUGGAGCAAUGCAUUACCAAUUUGAUAACGCGACUUCUUCAGGCAAAGAUGGAAAUUUUGAAGAAUUAGCCAAAAGUUAUGAUGGAGAAGACAUAUUAAAAGCUGUUAUUGGAAUAAUUUGUGGAGAAGUAGUAGCUUUUCUUCUUGGAAUUUUAAAUACUUUUCCUAUAUGUAUUUCGAUUCCAAGGAUAGUGUCGACUAUCAUAAGCAUAGGGCUAAGCAUACUUUCUGUCGUUGUGGUUAUUUAUUUAGAUGUUGAUUUUUGUGCAGAGUAUUCUGCUAAAUGGAUAGUUAAUUUUGUUAUUGUGGCAUUUUUUGAACUAUUUGUGUGUGAAUUGCUAAUUGCUAUACUAUUUUUCACGUGUUUUAAGAUUAAAACUGCAAGCGAGGCCCCACCCUCGGCAAGAGAGUCGAAUAUGAAGGGGUAUGGAGAGCCUUCCAAACAGGUUUAG